AUAAAUGGUCUGGAGAUAUCAUCGAUCUCUCGUCGUGUUACAGGAAAUUGUGAGGAACGACACUGACGAAGCACGAGCGUACGACCAGGACGAUGGCAAGGACAAGCAGGAGCGUGCCCGUGGCGGCGACAGUGUGCUUGCUGCUGCUGCUCGCCGCGGUGGCCUCAGCGACGGCGGGGGCGCGCCUCGAACGUGGCCGGGAGCUGCUGGCGGAAGACGCCGGGAGCCCCCCGGUGGCGCUGUCCGACGAGCAGCCUCCCGAUGGCCACCUCAGCUACCGCAUCGUCAAAGGCAUCCUCGAGAAGGCCAGCGGCCAGAGCGUCCGUGUGGACCUGGAGAAGCAAAAAGGGGAUGCGCUCAAGCCACUUAUGAAUAUUCCCUAGAGUGUUUAUUAGUUCAUCUGUAACGCGUGCGAUCGAGACGCCGGAGCCGGAGGCGACGGCUACGUACGUACGCACGCGCCGCCACAUAUAUCAGACCAAUUGAACGCCUGCAUCAAUUUGUUCGAUUUUUUCUUUCUUAAUGCUUUCUAGCCAUCUCAUAACAAACAAACCUGUUCGGCAAAUAACAGUGAGCAAAAUUUAUUAUUGUUCACAGCUUAAUUUGUACAGGGAUGUAAAUUUUGUAUGUUGCCUUUUGUUUUGUUGAAGCCUUAAUUUGUACAUGGGUGUUAAUUUUGUAUGUUGCCGAUGUUCACAGGGACAAUUAGGUUCAUCAAAUUGUUUCUUUUGGAUCUCCACA